CAUUUCAUUUUCCCUAUUUCUCUGAUUCUCUCUCUCUCAACAAACUACUCUACACAACUUUAUACACUCUCAGAGCGGUGAUCCAAAUCAAAUUGAAUUAACGUUGAAAAUGGCGGCACUAUCCACUCUUCCACAGCUCAACAUGGACUCCAGCUAUGGAGUAGACAAGCUCACUUACGAGAUCUUCUCCAUUUUGGAGAACAAGUUCCUCUUCGGUUAUGGCGAUCCGAACCCUAAGGUUUCGAAUCCAGAGAAAUCGCAUGGUAACCUUAUCUCAUCAACCAAUCGCAGCGCCGCCGGAAGUAAUGGAAAGGUCAGAAUCCUCAGCAUAGACGGCGGCGGCACUACUGACGGAAUCCUCGCUGCCGAUUCUCUCUCCCGCCUUGAGGCUUCGCUCCGCCUUAAGUCUGGAAAUCCCAGCGCCGUUAUCGCCGAUUACUUCGACGUGGUGGCUGGUUCCGGAGCUGGCGGUAUUCUCGCUGCGAUGCUUUUCACUCGCGGGAGAGACGGAGGUCCACUCUUCACGGCCGAGGAGGCUCUGAAGUUUCUCGUGAAGAAUCGCCGAAAGAUUUUUCGGUCUUCUCCUGCUGGAUUUUUCCGGCGAGUCCUGAGGUCGUCGGCAACGGCGGACAAGCUCUUCGGGAAGGUUUUCGGAGAUUCUACGCUUCGAGACACAUUGAAGUCGGUUUUGAUCCCUUGCUACGAUCUCUCGACCGGCGCGCCGUUCUUGUUCUCCCGCGCCGAUGCAUUUGAAAUGGACGGGUACGAUUUCAAAAUGAGGGACGUCUGCACCGCCACGUCGGCCGAUCCUACGGCGGCCGGCGCGUUUGAGAUGAGGUCAGUGGAUCAGCGUACGAAGAUACUGGCCGUCGAUGGCGGGAUCGCGAUGAACAAUCCAACAUCUGCGGCGAUUACGCACGUGUUGAAUAACAAACAAGAGUUUCCUCUCUGUAACGGAGUGGAGGAUCUUCUGGUGGUCUCUCUCGGAAAUGGGGAAUCGGAAUUCGGUGCGGGCAAUGUAACUUCUUCUCCUACGGCCGCAAGGCUCCUUAGAAUCGCCGGUGAAGGAGCUUCCGACUUGGUAGACCAAGCAGUUUCGAUGGCCUUUGGAGAUUGUCGGACCACUAAUUAUAUUCGAAUUCAGGGCAAUGGCAUUAAAUCGAAUAAUAAUAAUUCAGAAAAGGCGAAAAUAAGUAACAAGAAGAAAAUAGACAUGUUGAGAGAAACAGAAUUUAUGUUGACUCAAAACAAUGUGGAGUCCGUACUAUUUCAAGGGAAGAGGAUUGUUGGGAGCUCAAAUGUGGAGAAGAUUGAUGUAUUUGCAAGUGAGCUUGUUAAGGAACAAGAGAGAAGAAAAACUAGUUUUUUACCAAUGGUGGCUUUGAAGCAAAUGUCACCAUCCCCUAGAACAUCCUCUGCCACAACCCUCUCCAGUUUAUCUUCCACCUAAAACUAAAAUAAAAAAAAGAUAAAGAAAAAUUAAAACUGGAAGAUAAAAUUUAAGUAUGGUUUAGGUUCUUUAUUUUGGGUUUUUUAUGUAGUUUGUGAAGAAAAACAAAAUUACAGUUACUUAAAACUUGUCAGUAAAUUGACUUCUUAGGAUGGGUUUAAUUAGUUAAACUUGUUUGAUACGCUGCCGCUUGGAUCAAUGAUAAAAAAAAUAUCCGAGUCUGAGCUGCCGAGUUCAUUUGCCUUUUUAAUUUUAUUUUUUAAAAUUAUUAUUUAAUUUUAGUUGAGUGUAAUAUAGUUGUAUGUAUGUAAUGAUGUGUAAAUUGUGAGAAAGGCAUUUGGAAUAUUAUUGCAAAGUUCAAAUUAAA